AAUCUUUGCACUAUUGGUCGUACCCAGGCUCUCUGACAACUCCUCCGCUUUCAGAAAGCGUCACCUGGGUUGUGUUUGAGAAUCCAAUGAGUGUAUCCAGUGAACAGGUACUUAUUUUAAAAACAUACACUCAAAUUCAAUCUUCAUCGUAAAUAGCAUUUACGAUUCACACUAGUUGUGCUUUGGUUUAAGUCUGAUUUACACUAUCAAAGUUUCUGUGAUCACAGUAGGAAUUUCGCAAAGGUAAAUUCUAAGUUUUGAAGUACACGAGCAGCAGUGUUUUAUGAGUAUUUUUAGGUAAAACACGCACUGCGAAUGUUUUAAAUUGCUUCAAAAACGAUCGAUCUAGUAAGUUCAUUGGCGAAGUAAUUUUCAAAAAAUACGCUUAGUAAGUCGAGAAAAUCAAAGUUAAAGUUUAUGUAAAUUAACGGAAAUCUCUAUCACAUAUAAAGAUACGACACGCUUAUGAUUUUUCUUUGUGUUUUCCUCAUGAAUUAUUAAUGAGUUUUUUAAGGAUUUAUAAGAAAUAGUUAGGUGAACUGACUUACUUUGAUCACAGAAACUUUGAUAAUCUAAGCCAGCUUUUAGGCUGCGCCCACACUAAACCGUUUUCGAGAGAAGAGUGGUCUAAUUACCUGGAACAAUAUGAAACAACUAUGUAUGUGUUUUGUUUAGGUUGCAGCCUUCCGGGAAAUCCAAGCAAGCGAUGGAAGCUGUGUCUGUCAAAAUUUCCGACCGACACAAGACUUGAACGGGCGUGUAGUGAAGGCAUCGUUCAAGCAUGGCCACGAAUGUGGACACGGACAUAGCCAUUGA